AUUCGCCAAAAUAAAGGUUAAUAUUUAGAAAUCUUUAUGAUAGGUUUCGAUUUCUGAAAUGUAUUAUUUAAUUUAUAAUAUUUUUUAAGUUGGCCGUAUUGAUUCAGUUGUCAACAACUUCAGAGUGGAGGUGCGAUAGUGGUUGCGCGUAGUGUUAUUGUUUUGUGAAAAAAUUGUGAAACCUAACUAAAUUCUGUUAGUUUUACCUAAUUUUUCAUUACAGUUUUCACCUUUGUUCUUAUAUGUUUAUUUUCUAUGUGGAAUAUGUCAUUCUUCGGCGCGAUAACAUCGCCUGGUAGCCAGCGGCGCCACCAGCCUGGCUGCGCCUCCGCGCGCCCGCUGUAAACAGUUACAUUUGAAUUUCGACCACACCGGGGAAAAAGCGCCACGUGUGGGCCUGCGUACAACCGGGGGCGGGCGCUUUGCGCCGCCCCACGACUUCCUUCAUAUCCGCCAGAUGGUUUAUUGACAUUCGGAAAGGAUAAGCAUGAUGUAGCGGAGGAACCGCGCAUCAUUGACUUGGACCCGUUCGCAUCAGACGAUUGUUUAGAUGACUUCACACCUGAAGAUUUGUUCCUGCUGACCACGACUGUGGAUCUGGACACGAUGAAUACAGGUGAAGCUGAACCAUCGUCUGGUUUAAAUGGAAGAUUGAGACCCCGAAAAUGUAAUAAACCUAGUCCCAAAACCGUUAAUACCACUCGCAAAACCGACCCCAAACCGGCUCUGGACAAACCCAGGAGAAUAAGCACACCGUCCAAAGCGCCUCCAACUAAACCAGAUGAUCUCACUGACAAGGCUGACUCAAACGCCGCACGGGCUCUCUGCCCUUACUGCGAUAAAACUUUCUUCACUGAACAGGCCCUCUCCAGACAUGUGCAUCGCUUACAUCUUCCUAAUUCGAAACAGGACAGCACCAUCACCUGUCUCUUUUGCACUCAUACGGAAAUAGACGCCCACGAAAUUGUACGACACAUGGUUGACAACCAUCCUAACCAGUACUUCGCCUGUUACGAUUGCCACACCAGAUUCCCUGCUACUACUGAUUUAGCCGAACAUAAACUCACUGUUUGCGAAAAACAAAAGUUACCAUAUCGGAACCGAUUACGCCAAAAAGUGACUCCCAAAAAAAAUAAUGGAAGAAACGACUUCGGGAACGAUGUUAAGGAUUUUCCAGAUGAUCACGGUUUUAACGGAAUUGUGAUAUCCUGUGAAUUGAAGUCUUCCCACGCACAUGAGCUAGUUGACAUAGAGGAUAAUAUAACCACGAAUUUCAUUUUACCACCCGGCAGGAAUAUAGUAAAUGGCACAGUUAUCGAAAAGAAUGCAGUUAUCGUCUUAGACGACUUACAAUGGAAUAAAAGAGCUCCGUCGAAUUUUGCUUUCCAAAGUACUGACGCUGAUCAAAUACUCUCGAGGUUAGGAGUUGUUCAUAGAUCACCUCGGACAGGGGAAUCGCAGGGCAGAGAGUGGCUAAGAAAUAUUGAAGAGUUUCAUCAAAAGUUCGAAAAAUGCUUUGAUACAAGUUUUUAUUCAAAAGUUGCAAGCAAUGUGCAAGAAAAUUUGUCAAAAUUUCUCGAUGGUUCUUGCAAUUUUAAUCCUGAUCCGGAGAACACAAUAAAAACUAGGAAGGCUAAAAACAUCGUCGCAAUCAACACAGUUGAAGGAUUUCCGAUAUUAUUGGCUUGUGAGCAGUUCUCACGCAAUGGUUUCGACGGAUACAUGCCGCGAGCUAUUGCGCCUAAACAUAAAUGGAAAUGGGACAAUCUAGAAAACGACAAAAACAUCAUGAGUCCUGAGCGCAUCAAACGCGAUUCCCACACCAACAACUGUAUCAUAUCACUAGUUUCCAGCUUGGAUAUAUGGACCCAGUUGUGCAUGAGGCGUAAGUUUGAGAGUAUUUUUAAUAAAUCACCAGUACAAAAAAAGACUGAAAGGAAAAGCAUUAUUGGUAAAGAGUUAAAAGAAAUACUCGAAAGUAGAGAAUUACCCGCAUCAACAGCACAGAUAGUCAAGUAUACACAUCCGCCAGUGCAGAGUGGGUCGAGUGCAGAGCUCCCUGAAUCAUUGGGUUUGGUACCCACUGCACCGAGUUUCGACCUGAAGCCGGCAGUAUUGAGUGGAGAGUGGGUUCGACCGCGUUGCUACGUUUGCUGUGCGUGUGGAGCGCAGACGCGCGACUCUAAAGCGCUGUCCUCACAUAUAUCUAUGCGACACCCAAAUGCUCAAAUACAACAUUAUGAAAUUGUCGGAGAAGUACUACUGAACUCAGACAUAUUGAAACAUUUGUAUGUUCCACCGAGUCAGAUAAACAACCGCACACGGCCUCCUCGUGGAUUUAGAGACUGCACUAAGUGUAAAAAGUCUGUGACGCUAGAAGAUUUGCAUCAACACAUGUUAGAUUGUGCAGGAGAUGCGCCAACUGUUCGUAGGAAAUGUAGAUAUAGACCAUUCGGAGUUCGUAAGCGUCGACCGCGACUUCCAGAUAAUAUGAUACGCAAGAAAAUUCGUAAAGACCUUCGAACACGCCAUGUUCGUAAAACUCAUAUGAGACCUAGGCCUCGAAGAAGAACUGAAGUCGGUGAUGCUGAAACGAUACGAAAGAUGUUGGCAGAUUUGCCUGCUAAACGUCACCGAGUUGUGGUAAAACCAGUCAAUUCUUCCAUGCGCCCUAGAAGAAAUCUUCAAAAUCCAAGGAAUAAGAUAAUUAUGAAGAAAAGAAUAAUUGAAGAAACUAAAAAACCACAAGAACCGAAUUCAAGUCAAGGUUGUACAUCUAGUAAAAGCGUUGAAAAUUCGAAUAAAAAUUCACACGACGCCAGCCGCCAUUCAUCUGUAAGACCAUUCAAAACCACUGUUAAACGCGUGGCAUCUAAAAUAUUACGAAAACAAGAUUCUUUCAAUAAAAACAUCUUAAAUAAAUCAAGAAAGAAAAUUAGUAUUCCAAUAAACAAAAAUGUGAAUGUCACAUCUGCCGCAGAAAUGCCAUCACCGGAUAACCUGAAAGACGGUAUACAAGUAGAACAAUUGUCUAAUGAAAAUAAUUCAGAUAGAAUUAAUUUAAACGAUGGAUCUAACAAUUCAAGAGAGCAUGGCAGCCGGUCUAACAAUAACUCGAACAAUAGAGAUAGUCAAAGUCCAGAUGGCCAGAAUGAUCAGGGCAACAAUUCUCGAGAUUUAUUUGCUCCUCCACAAAACGUACCACUGAAACAUUCAAUUGCCAGUUUAACUGCAAGUUCUGAAACUCAUGACAAAGCAGUACAGUUUCAUCAAUUAUUUUUAAUCCAGCAAGAGUGUAACAAUGUUAAUCAACAUGUACCAGCUGAACAAAGAAGGCUAUUUGAAAAUGAAGCGGCUGUUACCAAAUUAGAUAAACCGCCUUUACAAUAUAGUCAACGUAGACCAUCGCACAACGUAGAUCUCCAAGCUCUACAAGCAUCGAAAAACAAGCAAAACAAUAAACCAAGGAAGGGUUUAAACGAUUGCAUUGCUAUGUUAAAGAAUAAGCUUGUAGAGCCAAAUUCAAGCCCGAUAGCGGGCUUUGUCUCAGUCUCAUGCGGUGAUGAUGAACCUCUAGAACCGGAACCAAUCAUAGUCGCACGACGACACUCUACUAAUGAAUUAAACACUGAUUACGCACAAAUACCCGACUAUGUCCACACUCCUACACCAAAAAAAAGUGAGACUGUCGAAGAUAAUGUGCCAAAAACUCGUACCCGUGCAUCAAAUAAAAGUAAGACAACACGAAGAUCUGGAUCGACGCGAUACGGUCAUAGUUCCCGUAGUAACAGAGCAGCAGAAAUUACACCUAACGAUAAUAUGUUAACGUGGCAACAAUUUUAUUACGAUACUCAAAUGUUGGCUACACAGAAUAUUACAGAAAAUUACAACAAACGUGAAUCUCGACGCCGUAACUCUCUUGUAUCAGCAGAUGAACUUAUGCUACAACAUGCUAUGAAUUUAGAAUUAUUAGCUAAAAGCACUGAACUAACGAAACUUGCUGAAUAUCAUCAUUAUCCAAGUUUAUCUACCCACUAUCAUUUGCCUAAGAGAAGUAAUCGCAAAGAUAGCCAGAAACAGAAAGCUACUACCACUUCACAAUCUACUAGAUCUAAAACAAAAUCUAAUUCAACGACACGUAAAAAGAAUGUUGCAGAAUCGAGUAGUACCAUUACAAAGCAAAGUAAUCGCAAUAAAUCAAAUACAAACACGGCUUCUACAAAAAGAAAUUAUGAAAAACGCCAAAGAAAAAGUUCACAGUUAAAUAAUACUGUAACUGCAGUUGAAAAAAGUAUUGAUUUUUAUCCUCAAGGAGAUGCGAUAGGAGAUACAUCAGCUAGCUUAAAUAUUGGAAAUAGAAUAACUGCCAUGAAUAAGCCUACGCAAGAACAUCACUUACAGAAUUUACCUCAUAAUACACCUGUUGUAGAGUAUACGACUAAUAGUGAUUUGUCUGCUGUACAAUAUAUUAUCAGUAAUGUUGUAGAAGCUGACAUUUCAGGACCUUUAGAUUUAACAAACAAGCUAUUAACUAAAGAUAAUUCGGUCCGAUAUACACAGGAACAAUAUCCUGUUGCAGCUUAUGACACCUACGAAACUUUGGAUUUAUCUAAUAGAAACGUAGAUAAUUUGGCUGCCGGGAAUACUGCUAGCAGUGAUGAAAUCGUAGAUUUGCGUGUUAAUUUUGCAAGUCGCGAUUCUUUUCAACCUAGAUACGCACCGAUACCUACUGAUUUAGUUAAUAAUGAAAUAGAAGAAGAUAAUGCAACAGAUUUGUCUAUCAGACGUGACAAUGAUUUUCCUACAGAUUUGUCUGUAACCCGAAUAAAUUACAGUGCCCCUAGUGCCUGUUUUGAAAAUCUAACGGAAGAUCACAGCCGCUUACCAUUAAAAUAUAUUCGGGACCUACCUCAUCUAACUAGGCAUGCUGACGUCAGGUGUUGUAUAAUGCAGGAAUAUUACGAUCCAAAUUCUGGACGUAUUAUUGUGGUUGAAAAAGAGAUAACUGCUGAUGAUAGAGAGAUGCUACCCGGUACAAGAAGCGUAAGUAGGUUAAAUAUGUGUACUAUGGAAGAACCGGUGCGUCUGGAUAUAUAUACAAAUAAUACAGAGUCAAACGAUGAAUAUGUUCCAACCGAUUUAUCUGGAACAAGUGGACCUUAUAUGGUAUCAACAAGUGCUGUUAAUAAUAAUAUCUGCCAUUAUAAUAACUUUGAUAACCAGCAAGCGCCACACUGCAUAAAUACGGAUCAAGUUAUUGAUUAUCAUUAUGAUCGGCCAAGAAGGGCUCCUUCAGAAACCAACUUUAUUAGAUCAAGCAAUCAAACAACAGUUGCUUGUUGUGAACCUAGAGAACAUUAUCUAUCAAACACUGCACUGCCUCCAGUAUCACGUGAUUUGUCUCUAAAUGAAUCUCCAGUAAAUGAGAGUGCAAACUAUCAACAAAUUGACUACUCUCAUUCAGAUAUACCGUUAAGCUUAGUUUCAAAUUCAGUUGUUGAAAAUAUUAGUUACAGUUCUUCGUCUGAGCUUAAUGCAAAAGCAAAUGAUUAUGAAUUGACUAAUACAGAUUACGAAUGUACUUCUAAACUGAACAACGGUAAUUCAAAGAAUGAACCAUCAUAUACAAGUACCACAAUAAACACAUUGUCAGUAAAAAAGAAUAUAGAAUCGUUAACUGUAACAGAUGAUAAUGAAAUUCAAUCUACUAAAAAUACGGACACUAUGAAUACGUUAUCGUCUUCAGAUGAUAAAGCUUCAGUAACUUUGCCAGUUAGUACUACUAUCCCAACAACUACCUCUACAGUAGAGAAGGAAAAUAGUAAAAAUACGAACCCAGAUCAAGAUCAUGAUAUUGCGAGAAAAAUUGCUUUGCUACCAAAAGAGUUAGUAGAGAUAUUGGGAACUAUGCCUGCUGAUCAUCGCAAUCAACUUUUGAACGUGCUACCUCAAUACGUAUCGACAUCAACGUCACCUGCAUUACUUUCUAACACAGAUGAGUCAGUAAAAUGCAUUUCUGAAUCUUCGUCUUUACUGACAAGCGCAAACACAACUGAUCCUGUAGAAAAUGAAUUAAAGUUUGAAGCUAACUCUGAAGAUGGACGAAUGAGUGAUGCCCUAUGCUCGUCUUUUAAAAACUCAAAGUUCAGUGAAUCUUCUACAGUUUCUGUUUCAAGUUCAAUACUUCUUACACCACCAACUCCUCAGAUGUCCGAGCGAUAUUCACUUCAAGAAAAUACUGAUAUUCACUUAUAUAUGAGGAAGUCAAGAGUUUCAAGCGAAGAAAAGACACCUUCAAACAGUGUUGAUAUAAGUACAUUAAAUGAUAGCGCAAACACGCUGACAGUAAAACAUACUUCUAAAUACAACGACCCACACAAGAUAAUUGAUUUAACUAUUGAUGAAAAUUCGUCAGGAAAUGCAGACGUAACUAAUUUUAAAACUAUUUUAAACACUCAUGUUCUGGAAGACGUCGCUGCGACAGCAAUUAUCUCUAAACCGUUAGUGCAGAAAGCAAGCAAUGACAAAACGGCAAGCUUAAGAGCAGUUCGCAUAAAAACUCCUUCAGAAAGACAUCGAUCUAUGUUGUCAGAAAAUAAAUUGGACAAAAAACACAACAAAACGCAUAGUAUCAACAUACAAGAUAAUCCUAUCAAAGAUUCUGAUAACAUAAGUCCUAAAGCUAUUCAGCAGGCUGAAAUAAGCAGUACUCAGCAUCGACCCGUUUUGAAGACGGCAUCCUGUACGUCAAAUGAGAUUCCUAUAGGGGAAAACAUAUCUGAAGAUAAAAUUAUAGCAAAGAAAGACGACGAUAAAGCUACUGGGUUGCUAGAUAAAUCAAACUUAGUAACGUCUACCUUGUCAAAAGAAACAAACUCAAGUAUUAAUAAUGAUUGUUCUGCUUACGAUAUUACUAAUAUAUCAGCAGAAACCGAAAAUAUAUCAUCCUCAAAAAAUCACAGUAGCGAUUUGCACAUCAACGACAAGAUUGAUAAUAUUCAAGAUGUAACAAAAGAAAAUGUUCUGGUGGAAAAACAGUCCCAACUCGAAUUUUCAAAAAUUACACCAAUAAUAGAAGAGGAUGAUUCUGAAGAUGAUAUUUCAUUGGCUGUCAUAGUGAAACAAAAACUUAAAAAUUUAAAUUCUGACUUAAAUCAUAUUAUAAAAAAUGAUGUACAAAAUAAUCAAAAGAAAAAGAGAAGCAAGAAAAAUAAAAAACUUACAUUUGAUGAUAAAAGUGAAUUUAAUAAAAGUACAUCUACAGAAAUCAUUUGUGAAACGAGUUUAAAUAAUAAUGACCGUGAAAGUAAUGAAAGUAGUUCAAUUGAUAAAAUUGUCAGUGGUAAAAAAAGAGCUAAAAAAGGGCGACGUUUUAAUAGUGUGCAAACUGUUAAACUCGCUGAGAAUAAUGGUCAGAAUACUGAAUUGAAGGAUAACCAAAAUGAAAUUAAUAAAGAAAAUAAUGUUUCUUCUGACAUAGAUAAAAAUAUUGAAUCAUCUGAAGACUCAACUAAAUUAAAAUCAAUUGAUCAAGAUCCUAAUCAAUCUUCACAUGUUGAUACAACAUACUCCUCAGAAAGCAAUAAUAAAGACUGUCCAAAUCCUCUUCUAAAAAAUGAUAACGAUAACAAAAAUAUUGAAUUGAAUCAAAACUGUGAUCACUUAAUAAAAAUAAUUUCAGCAACUAAUAUAGAUGAGAGACAACUUGAUGCGAAGUGUAAUCUGUCACAGGACUGUUUAAAUUCGUCUUGUUUAAAGCAAUCUUUGUCACAACCCCACGCAAAUACUAAACAUGAAAUAAGAAUCGAUAGUGCAGAAUUGCCCAAAAACACAAAAGAAAUAAUUAAGUGUAAAACCAAUUCCUUUAAUUUGGAUGACAUGAGUGAGCCAGGAAAAUCUAAGGAAAAAUUAGUGAAAACUAAGAAAGUAACUAUACAAAUAAGUCCUCAAGCUAAUGAAAAUCAUAUUACUAACACUGAUCAUAUCAAUACCACUUCUGAAUUAGAAGAAUCGUGUAUUACUCCUUUACGUCGUAGUAGGCGAGGAAAGUCAUUAUUUAUAGAUAGUAAUGUUUCAAUAGCUGUUAACCCUGUUUUGCGAGAUACUGAACAAAGAACUCCACUUACCAAAAAGCAGUUAAUAUUUUCAAAACUUUUACUUGAUGAAGCGAAACAUAACAAAAUAUCAUUAAAUAUUACCCCAUUAGUGGUUGACGAUAAUCUUAAAACAACAACAUUCAAUAGUGGCCAAAAUAUUAAUGAAGAUUUAAAUAAUACAUCUAUGAAAAUAAUCCCAAAUAAAGUUGAAGAAGAUAAUUCAAUUAUGCCAGCAAAUAAUGUACCACAUAUUUGUGAACAAAACAAAACCCCUAAUAUCUUAAAUCCUAACCCUGUCUCCGUUGACCAAAAUCCCGAUGAUGUAUCUUUAAGUAGUACUCAAGCUGUUAUUGAAGAAAUUCCAUGUAAAACUUCUUUACAAGCCAUUACCCAUACUCUAGAAAAAACCCUUGAUAAAAGUUCUCUCAACACUGUCUCAAAUAUUGCUGAAGACAACCUCCAGGAAUUUUUGCCUACAACAAAACAAGAAAUAGAAACACAAACGAAGACAUCGUCAGUGCGUAAUAUAAGUAUAAUCCAUAAGGAAGCCGUUGAGAAGUUUCCAACUAGUAAACGAAAAGCAUCGCCCCAAACUAAAAGUAAAACGAAAAAGAAAAAGUCGACUGUAAAUCAAGCUACUUCUGAAGAUAAUAAUGAAUCAACACAUCAAAUAAAUACGAACAAUAAAAUAAUGGAAAGUGAUAACGCAAUACAAGUAGCUCUCUCAGUUGAAAACACAGUACCCGAAAUAUUAUCUAUAAAUGAAGCACAGUUAGUUAAACAAGAUUCAAGUGGCUCAAAUAUUGACGAUGUUUCGAUGACACACAUUCAUUUAGAUUCUAUGAAUACGAGUCCAAAACCAUUAUCAAUAGAAAAACGGAAAUCUCGUUCUCCGCCAAGAAAAGAUUUGCCGAACAACUCUAAUCCAAAGAAGUGUAGAUUGAAUGAUGAAAAUAAGAAUACAAGUAUCAUAGCAGCAUCUUUCGAUAAAGAAAUUGAGAGAUCAAAAAUAUUUGACGAUAAAGAGACCGACAAAUCAAGAACGUCUGAUCAUAGAGUCAUAGAGAAGCCAAAAAUUUCUGAUGAUAAAGAAAUUGAGAGAUCAAAAUUAUCUGACAAUAAGGAAAUCGAAAAAUCAAAAAUAUCUGACGAUAAAGAAAUCGAGAAAUCAAGGUCAAAAUUAUCUGACGAUAAGGAAAUCGAAACAUCAAAAAUAUCUGACGAUAAAGAAAUCGAGAAAUCAAGAUCAAAAUUAUCUGACGAUAAGGAAAACGGAAAAUCAAGAUCAAAAUUAUAUGACGAUAAAGAAAUCGAGAAAUCAAAAACAUCUGAUGAUAGAGAAAUCGAGAAGUCUCAAACAAUUGACCAUAAAGAAAUUGAGGGAUUAAAAGCAUCUGACGAUAAAGAAGUCGAAACAUUAAAAACAAAUGAAGUAAAAACGUUUCCACGAAACAUCACUUGUUACAAUAAACCAGCUAGACGUGCACGGUCAAAAUCAGUUGUAGUGAAAUCUUCAAAUGCGCAGUUUUAUGAUCCUUAUGACAUUGACUUAGAAGAUAUGGCAGAUAAGACAGAACCGUUCCUUAUCAAAGAAAUAUCUGCUAAAAUGAGUUUUAGUUCUUUUAAAUCAAUUACUGCCAAAACCCGAAAAUUGAGCAAAACUGCGCCUUCUGCCAUUAUAGAUAUUUCACCUAUAGAGCCUGUACCUUCAACAAGUGCUGUUAAAGACUAUCCAGUUCAUGAUACUGACAACGAUGCCACUAAAAUUUAUUUCAAUCAAACCACAAAUACUAUAAAAGAUGGCAGCAGCGAUUCUGAUGAAUCUACAAAAAGUGACGUACCUCUUAAAAAAUAUGCAGAAAAAAAGGAAAAGAAACUGGCAGAGUUAUCAGUGAGUCGUGGUAAACUAUGUAGUGAUAGUUCUGAUUCAGACGAAAAUUUGCUUAUUAAAUCAAGAUCUCGGAAAAAAAUCGAUCCAUCUAUAUCAAUUACUAAAAAAGAAGAAAACAUUGUAAAUGAUAAAACUGAUAAUGAGAAAGAUCGUCGUUCAGAACAAUUUAUGGAAAGCUUUGGUUUCUUUUCUGAAAGAAAACCGCGAAAAUCAAAUCUUCUUGCUACCAAGAAAAUAUCUGAAACAUUCCAUAUAAUAGCUAAUGACAGUGACGACGUUUAUUCUACAAGUAAAGAACAUGGGAGUAAAAAAGCAGCCACUGAUAGUAGAAAAGAAGACAAGAAACACUCAAAGGGAUCUUCAAGUUCAGCGUCAAAGAGAGCAGCCAAACGUGUUAGAAAAAAGAAGAGUACUACGCCGAUUGAAGCGAGAUUUUGCACAGUAUGUAAGAAAUCAUUUCGUAGAUCUGAUAAUUUAUUGAGACAUCAAAUGACUUUAUAUCAUGUAUCUAGAUUAUGUGAAGUAGAAUUGAAAGUUAAAUCAGUUAUAAUUGAAGAAGAACCAAAUUAUUUGAUAGCUUAUAGGCAACAGUUAGAAAAGUUAAAGUUUUUACAGGAAAAAAUGGCCAAAAGGAAAAAGAAUAGCUUACCUACUUCUGAUAUUAUUUUACCAACAUUACAAGAAAUAAUAGCUGAUGUUAAAAGAACUAUCCGCGAACAAAAAUUGUCUCGGCGAAAGUUAAGUAGGGACGAGGCCUUAUUUUUAGAUUGUUGUGAAAUGUUAAAACAAUCCCAUAAAAAUGCUAUUAUUCCUGAAAGUAAACGUAUUCGACCAUGUAAUACUUUUAAUUGUCCGCAGACGUGUGAAGACGCACUUGCGAAAGAAGUGAAAAACACAGUCAGCAAAUUCGAAAUUAAAAGUGACGAGGACAUGGAUUCCAUCACGGCGAAAAAGAUUUUGGAAAGUGACGAAGUUCGUAAUUUAGAGAAUGACUUAAUAUCUAAUCUUAAAGAAGCAAGUGGUCUGAAAGGAUUUGCUAACCUUCGGAUAAAAUCCUCGGACGAAUUACAAGAAAAUAUAUCCGAGGCUACGGCUGCUGCACCUAAUCAAAGUAUUGAUUGUUUUAAGGAACUAGACAUUUCCAUAACCACAAAACCCAAUAGACACGUUGAAGUAAAAGAUAAAAUGUACCCUAAUAUAUAUGAUACUAUAGACAUGUUCGAAGACAAAUUUGACAAAAUUAAAAGAAAGUGCCGAUCUCAAGCUGCAGCCGCGAAGCAAAUUCAAAUACAAGCAGACAGAACACUUAGCAACAAAACCAAAAAGAAGUCUGACAGAAGAAAAGUGAAGAAAACGUCUAAAAAAUGUCAAAAUGUUGUUCCUACCAAGGGCGCUUUGAAAGGAUUUGACGGCAUCAAAGUUUCAAUAUUAACAUCAGAUAUCAAUAUGUCUGCAAUUGUCCCAUCGGUAGGGAAUUCAUUUAAAAAGAAGAAAAAGAGUAAUUCUAAAAAGAAAAGAGAACGAAAAAGUUCUGAUGUAAAUAAAUCUGACGCCGAUGUUGGACCAGCUCAAAAGAAUGUUGACGUAUACGAAUUCUUAGAUACUGAAGACACUGAGCUGUUUGAGUUUAGACCAUCUACCUUAAUGGAGAGAUUUAAGAGCUUUAAUAACAAAGAACAACCAAGUACAUCAAAAACGCAUGCGAAUGAAAACACUUCUACUGAUAGUGUAUCAGACGGAGACGAUUUUGUUUACAUGGAUGACCUUGCUUUCAGUGAAGAUGAAACAGAAAACAGUAUGCUCUCAUGUGAAUUAAGCAUCUCGAAAGGCAAUUAUGAGACUAAAAAAUCUCCUCUCAAAAGAAAAGAUGUUAUUGAGAAAAAUGCAGUUAUGGGCAAAAUAUUCAAACACAACGCUGUACGUAGCGAUAAAAAGAACACCAAACAGUUCGCAAAGCCUAAAGCCAAUCUCGACCAGUUGUUUGAUAGUCUACUAGAAAAAGAACCUAAAGAACAAUCGAAUGACGAAGACUGUUCUAAAAAAGAAACGUCUGCUAUCACGUACUGCAGAUUGUCGCCGCCAAAGGCUACACCGUUGAAACAUAACGACUUGCCACCCGUCAUACUUUCAAGGAAACCCGAACCCAGUAUGUCUGUGACACCUUUCGAAGAGUUGAUCAAUCAAAGAAACACGGCGGCGAACAAAUACGAACCAUCCAAAGAAUACAGUCAGUCGCCUCAAGUGUUGAAGUUCGACACUCCUUUCAGCAAAUACAGAAAAAUAGACGCGACCGAAAAUGACGACCACAAAACCAAAUACCUAGAUACGCUAUCUACGAGAGAUAUGGAUUUUACUUUUACAAAACAUAAAUCAAAAGAAAAACUGCUCGCGGAAAAGGCGAGCAGUACGAGGAGAAAGGGCGACGAAGAGAAGGAGAAACCGUUCCGAGCUGAGUCGGGCGAGGAGGAGGCGUACGAAGCGGCCGGCGUGGCGCGGCAGCGCGCGCGGCGGAAGUGUGCGGUCGGCAAGCAGAACGUGCUGGCGGAGACCUGGAGCUCGGAGUCGGAGCCCGACGGGCCGGCCGGCGCCGACGCGCUGGCGCCGCACGCGCGCCGCCGCCGCCCGCGCAAGCGAGACGCGCCGCGCCGCCCCGCGCCGCGCGCCGAGACGCGCCUCGAGCCGCGCGCCGACACGCGCUGGUCGGACGGCGAGGGCGAGGGGCAGCCGCCGCAGCACGGCUGGAUCGUCGGCGACAGCCACAAGAAGCUCGUCACCAUGCUGGCGCACGCCAAGGGCCGCAAGCGCAGCCACGACGACAAGCGCCGCCCGCUCGACUAGCUGUGCACACGUCUACUGGAUUGUAAAUACACUGUACAUAAUAUUGUAGCUCUUUAUGAAUGCCACUUUUGUGACAUUUCGACCAGACCCUAAAUCUAAAAUUACUUUCCGUUUUGUACAUACUGUAUAUCCUUUACAUUAUACUUGUAUUAUUUAAUUUGUAAUCGACAGUCCCGGCGAGGGUGUUCAAAUUUUAAAAAAAUAAAAUGAUUAUUCUAUUAUUAUUAUUCGGUCUUACGUAAUAUCGUAUUUUUUAAUUUUUAUUCGACAGUCCCGGCGAGGGUGUUCAAAUUUUAAAAAAAUAAAAUGAUUAUUCUAUUAUUAUUAUUCGGUCUUACGUAAUAUCUAAUCGUUUAGCAGAUUAUUUUAUAUUUUGUAAUUGUUGAUUCUGUGCGUCGUCUUUUUAUUGAAAUUAUUGAUUUCAAUUGAAUUACAAAACCGUUUCUCGUGAGACGUGAGCUGAAAGCAUAGACGUUCGUAGAUUUAGUGUUAGAUUAUCCCGCUAAUUGAAUGUGUCUAAUAGGAAACUAUGCAGAAAAUGAUCAGUGGCAGCGCUUUUUGUUGAGUUAUAUUAACUACAAAGAAAGCGAUCACAUUGCGGACUUUUAACAUAAUAUACGUUACAACUUUUUCUACGUUCGUAACUAAUAAUAUGUUGGCUUUAAUAUAAUUUCUCUUUAAUUUCGUUUAAUAUGCAACUGUACAUAAGGUAGAUGUGAAUUCCAUUAUUCAAAUAUAAAGUGAAAAGCAUGUGUCACCAUUAUGUGCGAGGUCGGCGAACAGGUGAUCUGUCAAUCAAUGAAUACAUUUCGUGUGUUUACAUUUAUUGUAUAAAUAUUAAUUAAUUAUGUCCUUUGCAUAACGUAGCGACAUGCAGAUGUAGUUAUAAUUGUCUAUUAGAUGUACCGUGAAAGAGAAAUAAUUUAUUUACAAUAGUUUCUGUACGUUCAAAUCAAAAGGGGAUUACUUUAGUGUCGUAUGCGAGAAGGCGAUAACGUGGCAAUGGUGUAAUAUAAUUUAAUUUGUGUUGAAUAUUUUUAUCCAUUAUUCUUUUGAAUAAUGAAAUACAUGAAAGAUUAAUAUUUAGAUUAUGUAUAUUUUCUAGUCGAGAGAAGAAAAUUCUGCUAGCCCCGUUGUCAGCCACUUGUGUGAUCGCUGGUUAUCCGUUUACUUCCGUCUUGUUGUACCGAAAUUGACGUGUGUAAUACAAAUAACUUUAAUAUUAUUAUGAUAAUUAUAUUAUUAAUUUAGUGAAUGAAAGUUGAAUGAUAUUUCUUUAUAAUAAAGCUCAAUGUUGAAA